UUUUUUUUGUAUAUAAAUAAAGCCGGUGAACAAACCAAACUACCAAAGUAUUGUGGAAACUUGAAAGUGAUAGACAUUGAGAGAAAGUGAUAGAGAGAGAGAGACAUGAGUGAUAGCAAGGGAAAAGAAGCGAGUGCAUUGAAGAAACUAGGGGUUCAAGUACAGAAAGGGGAUCACUAUUUGUGUCAAGAAAAACAGCAGAGUGUAACAAAAUGUAAGAGCAACGGCCAAACAUUGUCUUACCAAUCUGAAGAGAAAGCUGCUGUUGUAACCAAGAUUGGCAAAUCUUCCACCACCACCGUUAGUCUCUUCCAGCGUCGAGUGGAGGAGACAAUUCACCACAAAUCACCUCUUCCUGUUAAGGACGAGAUAACUCACUUCAGCCAUCGCCAUGCCCUGCAUCAGUACAAGGUGCAAAAACGAGACAAAAUCAAUUGCAACAUAUGUGAGGCAGAAAUUGUAGACAAGGCUUGGAGCUGUGAAAGUUGUAAAUUCUUCAUUCACAAGUCAUGUGAAAGCAUCCCACAAAAGAUCAAACACAAAUCCCACCUUCGCGACACUCUCACCCUCCGAUCUUCCACCAAUUAUGCAUGUGGAGAGUUCACUUGUAAUGCUUGUUGCGACUCUGACAAGGGGUUUCACUACCACUGCUCUCCAUGCAAGUUCGAUAUCCAUGUUGCCUGUGCUGGCUUGCCCUCUGCCGUGAACUAUCAGAAGCACAAAAACCCGCUUACCCUUUGCUAUGAUUUCCCCAUCCUUAGUUCUGAAACUGUCAAGUGUAAAGUUUGUGACAUGAAGAUCAAUAAGAAAGGGUGGGCAUACUAUAACGAAGAUUCCAAGUUUAUUGCUCAUAUAUAUUGUGCAGUCGAUAAGAAAAAGAAAGAUUCGAUUCUCGCUAUCCAGAAACGCUUACAAUCUCUUCAAAUGAAAUGAACAGCCAAGAAGCGAACCCUUUGCCAUUUAAGCGAUCUAUUAGGUUAUGUUGAUCUAUGUUUUUUAUUAAGUGCUAUGUUGUUGUUAUUGUUGUGUUGUGUUUUGGGAUAAUGAUCUUCAUGUCAACAUUGCUGCAUUUGUAAUUCUCUUGAUGUGGUAUGUUCGAGCACUUCAAUUACUAAAUAAUGCUCAUGUUAUGAUGUUCUAUUCCAAUCUGUGUGUUGUGUA